AGUCACUGACCCUAUCGUAAUUUAACAACACAAAUCAUUACCUGUGGCUAUGGGACUUAUUAUUCAAGUAAAAAUAUCGUAUACAAGAAGUGUAUGGGCUGUUUCGUCGCUUGCUAGCUUAUGCUAUCUGAUAGCAUCGAGCUAGGCUAGUUAGCUUCUCGUAGUAACUAGCAGCGUGACCAUUGUCGUCAGUCUGUAUCGUGUUUUCUCAUCCAAAAUGUCGUUUUGGUCCCUUUUUAAUGUUUUACGUCGGUCACCGAGACCCGGUUGAGUGUGGCCACUCCGUCCGCUAGUACGGGGAGGCGUUGUACCCUUUUAGCUGCUUAGCUCCGCGCUAACUUGCUCGUUUGGUCAAACAUCGACACAUGGCACCGGCACCUCGUAGUUUAGCCCCCCAUACAGGACCCGAGCAGCACCUUCGCCCGUCACGCCGUCGGUCGCCUCAACUGGCGUGUAAACACGAUGGCCGGCGUUGGGCUGAUCGGUCGGCGCAUGACGGCAGCUUCGCUCCGAGCCGGAAAAGAGGUCCACCUGAGCCGCCAUGUGUCAGCAGACGGUGGCCUUUUGGCGGCUCGCAGCUACAAAAUAUGGUGCUGGUGAGCACUGGUUAGCGUGUCUACAUGUUGGAGGAGCAGCUGCACCCGAGUGGAGAUGUCUCCCUACAGGGGGAGGCUGGUCUGGAGGUGGUGGAGGGCGAGACGGAGCCCAGCAUGCUGCUGCAGAAGCUCAAGACCAACAUCUCUAAGAAUGUUCAAACCAAAGUGGACCACAUCCUGCAAGAUGUUCAACGUUUCUCCGACAAUGACAAACUCUACUUGUACCUCCAGCUGCCCUCGGGACUUGGGGCCGGCGACAAGAGCGGGGGUGACAGUUCGUUCAACACAUCAGAGCAACUUCACACCUGCAACUGGAUCCGCAGCCACCUGGAGGAGCACUCGGACACAUGCCUCCCCAAACAGGACGUCUACGAGACUUACAAGCGCUACUGUGAGAACCUGCAGCAUCGUCCGCUGAGCGCCGCCAACUUUGGGAAGAUCAUCCGAGACAUUUUCCCUAAUAUCAAGGCCCGCAGGCUCGGUGGCAGAGGACAGUCCAAAUACUGUUACAGCGGCAUCAGGAGGAAGACGGUUCUCAACAUGCCUCUGCUGCCCAACCUGGACCUGAAGAACGACCCGGCGGAGCUGACUGAGCUUGUGCAAACGUACAAGCAGGAGGUGACGGAGGCGGCGUGCGAGCUCAUCUGCGAUUGGGCGCAGAAGAUCCUGAAGCGUUCGUUUGACACGGUGGUGGAGAUCGCUCGAUACCUCAUCCAGGAGCAUAUCGUCAACCCUCGCUGCAGCCAGGCGGAGCUGGUGGCGUCCGCAGCGCUCGCCGGGGGUCCCGCAAAACCUCACAAGGUCAUCAAGAAAACGCCACUUGCGUCCAAAUGUGAGGGCGACAGCGCUGCGGAUCACAAGAGGGAAUCUGGAGACUCCGCCUCCUCGUUGGUUGUGAAGCUGCCGUCCGCUGACAAGUCCAAACCUCUGUCGCUGGAAGCUCCUCCUUCUCCCGCCUCCUCCUCACUGCGUCCUGCGGUGGAGGCCUACAUGAAGCAGUUACCCAGAAUCCUCCCCCGGAGUUCCAUCCCAGACAAGAGCCAGCUGUCCGUGCGCUCCUCGCCGCCCUCGCUGGCGCCCAAAGAUGCUUCAGGUGUGGGCGGGGCAUCCGGCACAGGCGGUCCUGCUGCUGCGGCAGCGGCCAGCGGCGGCGGUGUGAAGGUCAUUGCCAUGGCAACGCUGCCCCAACAGCAAGGUGGCCCAGUGCCGCUGAUGAUUGUUCCUCAGGGCUGUUUGUCCUAUGAGAGGGAGAAAGUCACUCCGCCCACCUCUGUGGGCCAGAAAGUACGAGAGGGCGCCAACAAGCGUCCCCUUGAGGUGACGUCGGGUGCUUCAUUGGGUGGACCCGGCGGCUUGGCGACGCUCCCAGUGAAACGCAAACGAGGAAGACCGAGAAAACCUCGACCGGAGGAUGCUUUGCCUCCCCCCUCCCUUUCCCAACAGCCUCCUCCUCUGCCCGCAGCCCCUCCCCACGGCCCCGUCAUCACCUCAGUGACCGGCGGCGUGAUCCAGAAGGCUUCCUCCUCCACAUCUGUGUCACAGUCUGUGCUGGGGCUGGUGAUCCAGGAGCAACCGGGCCUGGUUCUGAGCCAACUUCCGAUCACGUCAGACACCGGCCCGCGGCUGGUCGAUCACCGAGGCGUGGUGGUGCAGUGCCAGCCAGGAGGGACCACCGAGCCGGACCACCACGCACGGCCGCUUCUCCUCUUCCAGAGUCCGGGGAACGCCGGCAGGGAGUUGGCGGCGGCGACGGGACGCACACCCAUGGUGGAGGUGAUCCAGAAGACUCCCAGACCCGGCAAUAACAACAGUGGCGCUGCACUACCUCCCCCCAGGCUGCACCAGGAGCACGGGGAAGUGGAAAUCACGCUGACGCCGGUCGAGGUCAACCUCCCGCCGCCUCUGCCUUCUUCGGCUUCUGUUAAACAACAGGAGAAACGGGAAGAGAGGGAGGGGCCUCCUCCUUAGCUUCAGCCCACUCCGAGUCCCUUUUGGUGGAAAUCCCAGAUUGGCUCGGCCAAUUGAGGAGGAUGAAUGAAGCCAAACCUCGCUGACGGUCCAUCAGCUGCCAUUGCACUCAACACGCACUGUGACCUCGCCCCCCCCCCCCCCCCCCCCCCUACCCACCCACGUUUACGCUCGCCAUCGCACAGCCGUCCAUUUGGAGGAAGGAGUUCAGUAUUGAUGGGAGUUCUUUUGGUACUACGGGUCAGAACCUUGUCAUGGUUCUUCAUGGCUGACCUCUCUGAGCAGAACUCAGCCUUGUCAAUCAGCUGCUCCGUGUGUGUGUGUGUGUGUGUCAAAGACACGCCCCCAUCACGCCUCCAUGAACGUGCACUUGUAUGACGUCAUCGCUGAUGACAGACAGAAAAGACAAAGCACAAAGCAAAUGUUCCAAUGCAGUAAAUGGACGUUUAUUAGCCUGCUAGCCCACCUAGCUCAUGCUUUGUUUGCACUAACACGCCUACAUCGGCAAUUCUUUUUGCAUUAUCAUACAAGGACAAUAAAGCUGACCUCGGAAGGAGGCGGAGUUUCACUCUGUUCACUUCACCGCCGGUGCUAUGAUCCUCGGGCCGCCGUGGACCGACAUCAUUUUCUGUGUGUGUUGUGGCAUCAGCAUAUCACAUGACCUGACCUUCAGACCGAAACAAGUGGGGAAAAACCACAUCAUGUGACGCCUUUGUUCCCACGGCAACCUGAUGCACUGAUGUUUGCAGGAACAGGACGCUCACUUCCUGUCGGCAAAGUCAACCCUCAAGCCGGGGGACCUUUGACAUGUGACCAACGCCUACACCAGGAUGCACUUUGGGCUUUUUGGGAAGAUUGGAAGGGUCGUCGCUACUUGGAAUGAUGACCUGAUGCCCGACGAGGGAAGGGUCCAAGCAGAACCGGGUCACAUAAUCAAAGAUAAAGGAUCGGGAAUCGGGUAGCACAUGUUGUAUUGCACUUUCAUAGGGAAAGGAAAACAAAUGUAGACCUAUGGCGGAUGGAACACUCCUGUUAGCAUUCUGAACCAUCGCGGCUCGUCGGGAAGCCGUGUCGGCGGUCCACAAAGUGGUUCUGUUGUGGUUGUGACGUCAUCAAACUGUUCACGUCACGGUAGACAACAACACGUCUAUUUGUGGAGUAAAUCAAUGUUUUUUUUAUGAAAUGCUUCUUGUGUUUGUGUGUGCACUUUUUGUUGCAAUGACGACACUCUAGUGUCCUGCAUGGUUUUCCUGUAACGUUUUUGUAUUUUAUUCCUGCUUUGUGUUUAUUGUUUUUUGCACUUUAUUCGUGAAAUGUUUUGUCGGUCCAAGUGUUAAAAAAAAAAAAACCUGACUAAUCAGCGAAAUGCACCUUUAAUUUCCCUACCAGUCUUAUUUACUGUUUGUUGUGAAGAGAAACAGAAAGUGAUCACUCGUGUGAUGGAUCUAUUUUCCGACGCCGCCUGAUGGGAAUAAAACGUCAU